AUGCGUUCAGCACGUAAUCGAAAAGGUCGAGACGACUGUUUGAAUGACAGCGAAAGCCCUUGCGAUUGGGAAGACGAGAAAAUUGAUGAAGACCCAAUUAAUAUAAAGGAGACAUCUCUUCAAGACUUAAAAACUGGAAGUUUUGUUCUGGUUCAAUUUAAAGGUGGAAAAAGGAACACAACGGUUUAUAAAUAUGUUUGUUCUGUCGAAAAUAUUAUAGAUAAUGAUGUUGAAGUCUUGGGCGUGGCGGUCUUGGUGUAUCAGUUGUACCAGUUGGGCGUGGCGGUCUUGGUGUAUCAGUUGUACCAGUUGGGCGUGGCGGUCUUGGUGUAUCAGUUGUACCAGUUGGGCGUGGCGGUCUUGGUGUAUCCGUUGUACCAGUUGGGCGUGGCGGUCUUGGUGUAUCCGUUGUACCAGUUGGGCGUGGCGGUCUUGGUGUAUCCGUUGUACCAGUUGGGCGUGGCGGUCUUGGUGUAUCAGUUGUACCAGUUGGGCGUGGCGGUCUUGGUGUAUCUGUUGUACCAGUUGGGCGUGGCGGUCUUGGUGUAUCUGUUGUACCAGUUGGGCGUGGCGGUCUUGGUGUAUCAGUUGUACCAGUUGGGCGUGGCCUUGGUGUGUCAGUUGUACCAGUUGGGCGUGGCGGUCUUGGUGUAUCAGUUGUACCAGUUGGGCGUGGCCUUGGUGUGUCAGUUGUACCAGUGGGGCGUGGCGGUCUUGGUGUAUCGGUUGUACCAGUUGGGCGUGGCGGUCUUGGUGUAUCAGUUGUACCAGUUGGGCGUGGCGGUCUUGGUGUAUCCGUUGUACCAGUUGGGCGUGGCGGUCUUGGUGUAUCCGUUGUACCAGUUGGGCGUGGCGGUCUUGGUGUAUCCGUUGUACCAGUUGGGCGUGGCGGUCUUGGUGUAUCCGUUGUACCAGUUGGGCGUGGCGGUCUUGGUGUAUCCGUUGUACCAGUUGGGCGUGGCGGUCUUGGUGUAUCGGUUGUACCAGUUGGGCGUGGCGGUCUUGGUGUAUCAGUUGUACCAGUUGGGCGUGGCGGUCUUGGUGUAUCCGUUGUACCAGUUGGGCGUGGCGGUCUUGGUGUAUCCGUUGUACCAGUUGGGCGUGGCGGUCUUGGUGUAUCAGUUGUACCAGUUGGGCGUGGCGGUCUUGGUGUAUCUGUUGUACCAGUUGGGCGUGGCGGUCUUGGUGUAUCAGUUGUACCAGUUGGGCGUGGCCUUGGUGUGUCAGUUGUACCAGUUGGGCGUGGCGGUCUUGGUGUAUCAGUUGUACCAGUUGGGCGUGGCCUUGGUGUGUCAGUUGUACCAGUGGGGCGUGGCGGUCUUGGUGUAUCGGUUGUACCAGUUGGGCGUGGCGGUCUUGGUGUAUCAGUUGUACCAGUUGGGCGUGGCGGUCUUGGUGUAUCCGUUGUACCAGUUGGGCGUGGCGGUCUUGGUGUAUCCGUUGUACCAGUUGGGCGUGGCGGUCUUGGUGUAUCAGUUGUACCAGUUGGGCGUGGCGGUCUUGGUGUAUCUGUUGUACCAGUUGGGCGUGGCGGUCUUGGUGUAUCAGUUGUACCAGUUGGGCGUGGCCUUGGUGUGUCAGUUGUACCAGUUGGGCGUGGCGGUCUUGGUGUAUCAGUUGUACCAGUUGGGCGUGGCCUUGGUGUGUCGGUUGUACCAGUUGGGCGUGGCGGUCUUGGUGUAUCAGUUGUACCAGUUGGGCGUGGCGGUCUUGGUGUAUCCGUUGUACCAGUUGGGCGUGGCGGUCUUGGUGUAUCCGUUGUACCAGUUGGGCGUGGCGGUCUUGGUGUAUCAGUUGUACCAGUUGGGCGUGGCGGUCUUGGUGUAUCUGUUGUACCAGUUGGGCGUGGCGGUCUUGGUGUAUCAGUUGGGCGUGGCCUUGGUGUGUCAGUUGUACCAGUUGGGCGUGGCGGUCUUGGUGUAUCAGUUGUACCAGUUGGGCGUGGCGGUCUUGGUGUAUCUGUUGUACCAGUUGGGCGUGGCGGUCUUGGUGUAUCAGUUGUACCAGUUGGGCGUGGCCUUGGUGUGUCAGUUGUACCAGUUGGGCGUGGCGGUCUUGGUGUAUCAGUUGUACCAGUUGGGCGUGGCCUUGGUGUGUCAGUUGUACCAGUUGGGCGUGGCGGUCUUGGUGUAUCAGUUGUACCAGUUGGGCGUGGCGGUCUUGGUGUAUCAGUUGUACCAGUUGGGCGUGGCGGUCUUGGUGUAUCAGUUGUACCAGUUGGGCGUGGCGGUCUUGGUGUAUCCGUUGUACCAGUUGGGCGUGGCGGUCUUGGUGUAUCCGUUGUACCAGUUGGGCGUGGCGGUCUUGGUGUAUCAGUUGUACCAGUUGGGCGUGGCGGUCUUGGCGUAUCAGUUGUACCAGUUGGGCGUGGCGGUCUUGGUGUAUCGGUUGUACCAGUUGGGCGUGGCGGUCUUGGUGUAUCGGUUGUACCAGUUGGGCGUGGCGGUCUUGGUGUAUCAGUUGUACCAGUUGGGCGUGGCGGUCUUGGUGUAUCAGUUGUACCAGUUGGGCGUGGCGGUCUUGGUGUAUCUGUUGUACCAGUUGGGCGUGGCGGUCUUGGUGUAUCGGUUGUACCAGUUGGGCGUGGCGGUCUUGGUGUAUCGGUUGUACCAGUUGGGCGUGGCGGUCUUGGUGUAUCAGUUGUACCAGUUGGGCGUGGCCUUGGUGUGUCAGUUGUACCAGUGGGGCGUGGCGCUCUUGGUGUAUCGGUUGUACCAGUUGGGCGUGGCGGUCUUGGUGUAUCAGUUGUACCAGUUGGGCGUGGCGGUCUUGGUGUAUCGGUUGUACCAGUUGGGCGUGGCGGUCUUGGUGUAUCAGUUGUACCAGUUGGGCGUGGCGGUCUUGGUGUAUCGGUUGUACCAGUUGGGCGUGGCGGUCUUGGUGUAUCAGUUGUACCAGUUGGGCGUGGCGGUCUUGGUGUAUCGGUUGUACCAGUUGGGCGUGGCGGUCUUGGUGUAUCGGUUGUACCAGUUGGGCGUGGCGGUCUUGGUGUAUCAGUUGUACCAGUUGGGCGUGGCGGUCUUGGUGUAUCAGUUGUACCAGUUGGGCGUGGCGGUCUUGGUGUAUCCGUUGUACCAGUUGGGCGUGGCGGUCUUGGUGUAUCCGUUGUACCAGUUGGGCGUGGCGGUCUUGGUGUAUCCGUUGUACCAGUUGGGCGUGGCGGUCUUGGUGUAUCGGUUGUACCAGUUGGGCGUGGCCUUGGUGUGUCAGUUGUACCAGUGGGGCGUGGCGGUCUUGGUGUAUCGGUUGUACCAGUUGGGCGUGGCGGUCUUGGUGUAUCAGUUGUACCAGUUGGGCGUGGCCUUGGUGUGUCAGUUGUACCAGUGGGGCGUGGCGGUCUUGGUGUAUCGGUUGUACCAGUUGGGCGUGGCGGUCUUGGUGUAUCUGUUGUACCAGUUGGGCGUGGCGGUCUUGGUGUAUCGGUUGUACCAGUUGGGCGUGGCGGUCUUGGUGUAUCGGUUGUACCAGUUGGGCGUGGCGGUCUUGGUGUAUCAGUUGUACCAGUUGGGCGUGGCGGUCUUGGUGUAUCAGUUGUACCAGUUGGGCGUGGCGGUCUUGGUGUAUCAGUUGUACCAGUUGGGCGUGGCGGUCUUGGUGUAUCAGUUGUACCAGUUGGGCGUGGCGGUCUUGGUGUAUCGGUUGUACCAGUUGGGCGUGGCGGUCUUGGUGUAUCAGUUGUACCAGUUGGGCGUGGUGGUCUUGGUGUAUCAGUUGUACCAGUUGGGCGUGGCGGUCUUGGUGUAUCAGUUGUACCAGUUGGGCGUGGCGGUCUUGGUGUAUCAGUUGCACCAGUUGGGCGUGGCGGUCUUGGUGUAUCAGUCGUACCAGUUGGGCGUGGCGGUCUUGGUGUAUCAGUCGUACCAGUUGGGCGUGGUGGUCUUGGUGUAUCGGUUGUACCAGUUGGGCGUGGCGGUCUUGGUCUUUCAGUUGUAA